UGUUAAUUAAUAAUGAGAUGUUUUCAUGGGCAGACUAUGUUUUCCCGCAGUGAGUCUUACAGCUCAGCAUUUGACUGCCGGGUUUAGGAGGACGCACAAUGAGUGCCCACAGAAAAGGCGUGGACAACCAGGCUUUUGAAAUAGCGGAGGACAACAUAACUGAUACUAGCAGCGUCAAAGAGGUCAAAGGGCAGACUAAAAAGACUAAAAAGGGAUUGGGAUCAUACUUAAGCCAAGUUUCCAAGCCAAUUAAUGCCACAGAGGAUUACCUCAAGACUCACUCACAAACCUUCAAAUACGUUGUGCUGGGCGUACUGGGAGCAGGUUAUGUGGCAUACUUCAUUGCAGCCUGUGUGUUGGAUUUCCAGAGGGCCAUCGCUCUUGUAGUCCUGACCAGUUUGGCUGUUGUUGCUCAAUCAUAUGAACUCUUGAAGAAACACAAAGGAGAAAGCAUCAGUCAGUGUUUCAAACCCGCAGUUAGAUGCUUUAAAUCCAACUUGAAAUGGCUAAAAUGGGUUUUUAUCUCAGCAGCCGUGAUCCUGCUUGUUCUGUGGCUCGUCUUAGAUACAAGCCGGCGUCCCGAGCAGCUCAUCUCGUUCGGGGGGGUGUGCUUGUUCGUCGUGCUUGUGUUCCUCUUGUCAGCACACAGGACGGCGGUAACAUGGAGGCCUGUGUUCUGGGGUAUGGGAUUGCAGUUCUGUAUCGGCCUCUUUGUAAUAAGGACAGAGCCUGGAAACAUAGCGUUCCAAUGGCUGGGAAAGCAAGUGCAGAUAUUCCUUGACUACACCAAAGAAGGGUCACGUUUUGUUUUUGGAGAUCUGAUCAACGACAUUUUUGCCUUUCAAGCUUUGCCCAUUGUUGUGUUCUUCAGCAGCGUGAUGUCGAUCCUUUACUAUCUGGGGAUCAUGCAGUGGCUCAUUCUGAAGAUCUCAUGGGUUAUGCAGAUAACGAUGGGAACCUCUCCUACCGAGACCUUGAGUGUGGCAGGCAAUAUAUUUGUUGGACAGACUGAAGCUCCGCUGCUGAUCCGCCCUUAUUUGAACGACAUGACCAAAUCUGAGAUCCAUGCUGUUAUGACUGGCGGAUUUGCCACAAUUGCAGGCAGUGUCAUGGGGGCAUUCAUCUCAUUUGGGAUUGAUCCAGCAAACUUGAUAUCAGCCUCUGUAAUGGCUGCUCCUUGUGCCUUGGCCAUCUCCAAACUGUCUUUUCCAGAGACAGAAGAGAGUCCCUUCAAGUCAGACAAGAAUAUUAAAGUGGCUUGUGGAGAUGAAGGGAACAUCCUGGAGGCUGCUAGCAGCGGAGCAUCUGCUUCAAUAGGUCUCGUUGCUAACAUUGCAGCUAAUUUGAUAGCCUUCCUUGCCAUCCUCGACUUCAUAAAUAAAGCUUUGAGUUGGCUCGGCGGUAUGGUGGGAUAUCCUUUGAUCACAUUUCAGAUAAUUUGCUCUUACGUGUUCAUGCCGGUGGCCUUUAUGAUGGGAGUCCCGUAUGACGAGAGUUUCACUGUGGCUGAACUAAUUGGCACAAAGCUCUUCCUCAAUGAGUUUGUGGCCUACGAGAAACUAUCUGUACUGAAGAACAACAGAAUUGGUGGACUUGAUGAAGUCGUUGGAGGCGUAAGACAAUGGAUAUCUGUGCGAUCAGAAGUAAUCACCACUUUUGCUCUUUGUGGGUUUGCCAACUUCAGCUCGCUGGGCAUCAUGAUCGGAGGCCUGUCCUCUAUAUGCCCGUCCAAGAGAGGCGUUGUCUCAUCUCUGGUGUUGAGAGCUAUGAUCACUGGGACUUGUGUGUCUCUCAUCAAUGCUUGCGUUGCAGGGAUCCUCUUCGUUCCUCCAUUUGACUGCGUGGAGCUGUUCCAAACAUCGGCUUUCAAUGCCACAGACGGAAAUAUACAAACUUGCUGCCAAGACCUCUUUCAAAGCACUGUAAACAAUGGGACCAUCUCAUUUGAAGGAUCGUGGAGCUCAUUAGCAAACGUCACUGUGUUUUUCUCUAAGUGUUGUCAAUGCUGUGGUCUCUCUGAUGUGGCAGUUUGUAAUUAGGAACAAAAAAUUAAUAUCAGUGUCUGUUUUUAUAUUGUAGUUCAUUUACGUGUCUCUCCAUGUUUGUAUACUGUAAAAAAAAAAAA